AUGGCUGAUAAUAAAGAACAAAUUGAUAGCGCCACUGGCGAUUCGGGAUUUCAAAAUCCAGAGCAUGAAAUUCAAUCAAACGAUUUCACGACCACGUUGCCUCCACCCGGUGCGGGGGACAUUUUCAAUGAAUCUAGAGCCAAUUUUGGGGACGAAUUUGGAAAUAAAAGGAAUGAAAAUAAGGAGGUGAGGUUAGAGGAAUUCGGUACGCCUAAAUCGGAAAAGGGAAAAUUAGAAUUUGGAGAAAUAAAUAAUCAAUUGCUUGUCAGUUUAAUCGAAUCAAUGCAGGAGAUGAAAUCUCAAAUGCAGAGUAUGGCGAAUGAAGUCGCGAAAAAUAAUCAGGCGACAAUUGAAUUGAGAGCCGAAUUUUCUGAAAAAUUGACCGUCAUGCAGGCUAAAAUAGCUUCGGACGUUCAUAGCAUAUACGAUCCAAUCAAACGUCAUGUUACGGGGCUUACUAGAAUUGUGCAAGAAAACGAGGCCAAAAGCGCCGUAAUCGAAGUAAACGUAGCCCAAAUUCAACUCGACGUGAGUGCAAUCAAAAAAAGGGUAGAAAAUUUGGAGUCAACGGACAAAUUACAAAGUCCAAAUACAGAGAGCACCCGGAUCCAUCCACGGCAGAAGGAAAUUCCGGAAGAACAGGAAGAAGAUGAAGAAUCGGAUGACGAUGAGGAGCAACAACAACAGAGGCCAAUUUUCCGAAACGAAAUUUCCUCAACCAACAAAAUUAAAAUCAAGCCUCCAACAUUUGAUGGGUCGAGCAACAAGCGGCCAAUCAAAUUCAUAAAAGAAUUUCGACAUUAUUGCGAGGUGACAAACCCGACGUUCACCGAAAUGAAAUAUCUACUCAGCCAAUCGCUUGAGAAAGCCGCCAAGGAAUGGUGGGAACUGUUCGAGGACCAAGUUAACAGUUUCGACGACGUCGAAAAACGAUUUACAAAUCGAUUUUGGAGUCACGACGUACAGCGUAAAGUGCGUAAAGACCUGGAAUUCGGGAGAUAUCCCGAAAAACCAGGCAAAUUAACAAAAGUCGAGUAUGCAACUCGGACGUUUGGAGCGGCUCGAGAUUUGAUUCCGCCACCGAGCGAUCCGGACAUUGUUGCAUCGCUUUCGCAGCACUUUACGGAGGAGAUUGGAGCCACGAUCAUAAGUCGUGGGUUCGAAACCCUCCAGCAAUUGAUCGAGUUUCUGGAGAAACUCGAUCAAAGUGGGCCUGUCAACACGGGAACUGAGGAAGGAAAGCCUCAAAAUCAAAAACCGAAUAACGACAGAAAUGAGCAACGGCCAUUCAAAAUGCCUCCGCAAAAUAACUGGAACAACAAUGGUUACCAGAACAACAAUAAUUUCAAUCGCGGCAAUCAAAACUGGCAAAAUAAUCGCCAAAAUUGGAACCAGAACAACGGAGGAUUCCAAAAUAAUCGAGGUAACAAUGGGGGCGAAUACCAAAACAAUAAUGGGUACAACCAACAAAAUCGCAAUUUCAAUUACCAACAGAAUUAUGGUAAUCAACGGCCGAAUAACGGAAACUUCAAUCGGAAUGAACAAAAUAGCGGGCAAAACAGAGGAAACAAUCGCCCAAAUUACAAUCCUCCACAAAAUCAAAACCAAAACUGGGGACCGCCGAAUCAAAAUCGGGGACCGCACCAAAAUAAUGGGGGAUAUCGGCCACCUGCGAACAAUAAUGCGCAGCAACCACCGAUUCAAACGAUUGAGGCGCAAAUAGAACCUCAACCAUCAACAUCGAAAGCGGGAAACGCGUAG